AUGACUAGCUUGCUCAUACUUCCGCCACGUGUCAGUUCCCCUGACACUUUGUGGCGUCUUAAAAUCGUACCGUACCGAAACGAACCAAACCGGUUGGUUAUUUGGUUGGUGAUGGAGGAGGGAUCGUCGGCGUCGAUGCAGUCAAAGUACAAAGGCGUGAGGAAGAGGAAAUGGGGGAAGUGGGUUUCAGAGAUCAGGCUUCCCAACAGCAGAGAACGCAUUUGGUUGGGCUCUUACGACACUCCUGAGAAGGCGGCGCGUGCCUUCGACGCUGCUCUUUUUUGCCUCCGAGGCAGCGGCGCGAAGUUCAACUUCCCAGAUAAUCCUCCGGCGAUCCCCGGCGGAAGAAAACUGACCCGAUCGGAGAUCCGGGAAGCGGCUGCGAGGUUCGCUAACUCGGAGGAAAAUGUCGCGAUGGAGAAGGAUUCGAGUGGUCGAGGCGGAUACGAGAUGGAGACGAUACAGCAGGAGUCUCCUUCAACCUCGGCGGCGUCGUCGUCGAUGAUGAUGACGAUGGACAUUGAUUCGGAGUUCUUGAGUAUGCUUCCGACGGUUGGUUCGGGUAACUUCGCUUCGGAUUUCGGGUUAUUCCCCGGGUUUGAUGAUUUCUCCGACGAGUAUUCCGGCGAUCGUUUCAGGGAGCAGGUUUCACCCACACGGGAUUAUUGUCACGGAGAAGAUAAUUACGAUGGCUCCGUGUAUCUUUGGAAUUUUUGA